UCGAGGCCAGGAGACUCCUCGAGGCCAGCAUGCCGUGGGACACCAGACCUGGACGCAGCGCCAGCGGCGGGCCCGAGGGCGCUGGCGCAGCACGCUUGCGAGUACAGAAGCAGUGCCGGAAGUCAUCCUUUGCCUUCUACCAGGCAGUGCGCGACCUGCUUCCGGUGUGGCUACUCGAGGACAUGCGAGCCAGCGAAGCCUUCCACUGGGACGAGCGGGGCCGCGCGGCGGCCUAUUCGCCAUCGGAGGCCCUACUCUACGCGCUUGUGCACGACCACCAAGCCUAUGCUCACUACCUGCUGGCCACCUUCCCCCGGCGCGCGCUGGCCCCGCCGAGCGCGGGCUUCCGCUGCUGUACCGCACCCGGACCGCACGUGACACUGGCAGUGCGCUACAACCGCGUGGGCAUCCUGCGCCGCAUACUGCGAACGGUGCGUGACUUCCCAGUCGAAGAGCGAGUGCGCCUUCUGGACCGCCGUGGCUGUAGCCGUGUGGAGGGUGGUGGCACGUCGCUGCACGUGGCCUGUGAGCUCGCACGCCCCGAGUGCCUCUUCCUGCUGCUUGGCCAUGGAGCUUCUCCGGGCCUGCGAGACGGUGGUGGUUUUACACCACUGGAGCUGCUGCUGCGCCAGCUGGGCCAGGAUGCCAGCUCAGCCCCUCCUGCUGCUGAGGCCUCCUCUGCUACCGUCAACGCUGCCACCACCAGCACCACUUCACCUGGGGAGGCGUGUCAGCGCCGCCUGCUGCUGCUUGACCUGUUGGCACUGUACACCCCGGGGGGUGCUGAGGGACCAGCUCGGUGUGAAUUGCUGGGAGACCGGCUACGCUGGCAGCGGCUGUUGGGUGAGGACAAGUUCCAGUGGUUAGCAGGGCUGGCACCACCCUCCCUCUUUGUCCGUGCCAUGCAGGUGCUGGUCACCACCAUCUCACCUGGCCGCUUCCCUGAGGCCUUGGAUGAGUUGCCUCUGCCACCAUUUUUGCAGCCCUUGGACCUCACGGGCAAGGGUUAGACUUGGGGGCACCAAGGCACUGUAUUUGGGGACAGAAGUGUUUUUGAGAGCAUUGUACCUGGCACUUUACAUAUAUGAAUCUCUGACUGUACAGAAGAAUGUGCCUCGUCUGUCGCAUACACUUGGGGUAGGGCUGCCAAGUCAGGCAGGCUUUGCGAGCCUUGGCUCUUCACCCUCCGUCUCAAGUGCACUAGAUGCCCUGCUCAGCCAAGGAUAAGGGUGAGGACCUGGAGUCCUGGGGGAGGUGACAGCUGAGCCAAGCAGGAGAGGAGCAGGAACAGAGGGUGGGGACGACAUGACCAAGCAAGAGGACAGAAUGUGCAGUUCUGACUGGCCCUCUUGUGCCGUCAGCCUCCCAAGCGCUGGACUUGAUCCUGUGUCCAGGAGGACAAGGAGGGCCCAGCAGGCAGCUAUGGCAGGAGUUUUGAUCAGGGGGAGGCAGGCUAUGUCUCAUCACCUCACACUGAAUCAUUGUUUCUCCACCC